GUAGAAGAUUGGUAAAGGCUGAUUUACCUUUGUGGUUAAGCAUCUUGAGAUUUUAUUAUAUUUAACUUAUGUUUGUAAAGGAUGUCACCUGAAGUACGCUGCGCCCCCAGUGACCUGCGCACACUCAGAGACGCAGUGGCGCUCGGGAGGUUUUCUGAAGCCUCUGACACUUCAGAAGACUCCAGCGAACCUGUCCGUCGAAAACCUCUGACUGUUAUCAGAAGUGAAGCCUCCUCAGUGAAAAAUCUAAAACACAAACCCAGAUGCGAGACGUCAGGGCAGCGGGGCAGGCGCAGAAUGAAGGCAAACGACAGAGAGCGCCACCGGAUGCACAACCUGAACUCCGCUCUGGACGCGCUGAGAAGCAUCCUGCCGGUCCUGCCAGAGGACACGAAGCUGACCAAGAUCGAAACACUGCGCUUUGCCCACAACUACAUCUGGGCCCUGACCGAGACUCUGCGCAUGGCUGACCAACACGGCCACAUGCCGGUUUAUCUGCCGGUGGGAUCUGAUCUGAGCAGCCCGAUCAGUGUUUUAUCUGCGGAGUGGGACUCAUCCGCAGAGUCCGGUGAUGUGCCUUUGCCUGACUUUGACCCAAGAAACUAUUACACAUCAGCUCAUGAAACGAACUGGCUGAAGACCUUCUGA